AUGACGGAGCGUCAGACAAAAGAAAAUCUUAAAAACAUUAUUGAGCAGGAGAUGGCAUCAUUUGGCAUCGACUACAAACAAGUUCUCGCGAUUACUUCAGACAAUGGCCAAAAUAUGUUAGCCACGGUCCUAGAGUUGAAGAAAUGUUUUGGGCCAGCUGUUACGGGUUCGCUGGCGGUAAUGCUUGAAAAGGAAAACGCAUUCCUCGGUACUUUGGCAGCAGACGACGAACUAGAUAGCGACACAGUGGAGACGGAGAAGGAUGAAGACGAACAGGAACAUUGUGACGAUGUACCCGAAUGUGACCUAAAAACCGAGGAAGAAACCGAUGAUUUCACAGAGGCUCAAGAGGCUGGAGAUACUAAUGAUAAUGUUUAUGAUGAAGAUGACGAUGAUUGCCUUUUUGAUGAUCUCCUGGAUAUCCUGGAAUCGGUAAGGUGUGGUGCGCACACCGCACAAUUGGCGGUGUGGGAUGUGCUUCGGCAGUACAAAACAAGAAUGGCAAAUAUAAAUAAGAAGUGCCUACGAAUGCACCACCGAAAACACCGUGAGCUAUUCAAAUUCCACAAGAUUGCUCUGCCUCCAAAAGUAUGUGAAACACGGUGGAACGUAUGGUACAUUCUACUGAAAUAUUUGAAGGAGCUGGAGAAAUCGCCAAUGCUAGGAAUACUGAAAAACAGCGACCCCGAAAUUGAUUUCUCUCGACAGUGGACCUUCAUCCACAAGUUUUGUGACGCCUUUGAAGCCGUUUUUAUCCUGACAAUGAAGUGUCAAAAAGAUCACGUCCCGUUAUCCCAAUUUUGUGCUGACUGGCUCAUGUGCCAAGCACAGUUGAAUGUUAUCGGUACUGGGGGUAACACGCUUGCAAAGAAAUUGCUCUCGGCAAUGGAGAAGCGCAUGAAGACCUUACGAAACAGCUUGCCUUUUAAGGCUAGUUUAUACAUGGACCCGCGAUUCAACUUCCUGGGAUCAAACAGGCUCAGCGCCGAGGAGAAAAUAGAAAUUCAGAGGUACAUUUUGGCCCUGAACGCCCGGUUGGAUGAUCUAGCAGGGCUCCAAAUUCAAGAUUGCGGCGCUACUAAAGAUCCAUCAUCGUCUGCGUCUGAUGACUUCGUCGAGAAGUAUUUGUGCAGUUUUUUUCAAGAAGACCCCCCCAACUCGUCAUCUGGAACUACAUCAAGCGAUUCAUUUCUGUCGGAAAUCCUCAAACUGGAAUCGCGCCCAAAAGUACCUAUAACAUCAUCGUCAGAAACAAUUCCGUUGUCUAGCGGCGGUGUGAAAGUUCGCGAACAGUUUGACAUAAUUCGUUAUUGGAAGCAGCGAAAAAUCAUGAAUCCACGGAUGUAUCGUAUCGCCAUUGCACUACUAUCCAUACCUUCUACCCAGGUUACGGUAGAGAGGCUGUUUAGCCAGCUAAAACUGGUUAUUACUGACACCAGAACACGCCUCAACUGCAAAUCCAUUAAAAACAUAAUGUUCCUGAAGUCUAACGAAUCCCUGUGGCCUAAGGUUAUAGAUGUUCUGGAACCAGAGAGCUCGGAGUCGGUUUAUCCGGGGCACGUUUAUCGUUUUACGGACGCAUCGCGGUCGCGGGCUGGAGUUGGACUCGGAGUGGCGGGACCGAACACUGCAACGAGUCAAAGUCUACCGGAGGAGUGUUCCGCUCAAGCCGCAGCUAUUCUAGACGCAGCCAUCACUCUGGCAGAUCAACCGAUCCUCGAACGUACCCCUCCUCGACGUCAGGCGUUGGAUUGUGAAUACCAUUAUGGAAGCCUGGCUGCAGGAAUGGUUCAGUCGCGGACCACUUUCCUGAAGAAGAUCAAGGGAACCAUACGCUCCUGGCCGGACAGCCAAAAGUACAAGGACCAGUGGAUUAUCUCAAGACUCCGGACCGGCCAUGCGAGGAUUUCUUGUAAUUUCGGUGGGACACCUUUCCGCAAGGUCUGCAGCGUCCCCGCCUCGGUGGAACACGUGCUGUGUGUCUGCCCGGAGUUCCAGAAGCUACGCAAACAACAUGGACUCCCGGAGAACGUCAGUAAUCUACUUGGUUACGACCCCUCGACGUUGGCUGCGCUGUUCGCCUUUCUGAAAGAAGCCCACUUGUAUGACCAAAUCUAG